AUGGACAAGCCUGGUUUUGUUCUUGUUACCGGCGCAACGGGCUUUAUCGGCGCCCACAUCGUGGACGCAUUGCUCGCGCGUGGUUUUCGUGUCCGAGGAGCCACGCGAAGCCUAUCCAAAGGCCAAUCUAUGAUUCAAGCUCGGCCGGAACACGCACAUAACUUGGAAUUCGUUCAAAUCGACGAUUUUCAAAACCCCGGUGGCCUCUUCGAUGCGGUCAAAGAGGUGGAUGCAGUAAUCCAUACAGCAAGCCCCUUUACGUAUGACACGACCGACAAUGUCAGAGAGUUAAUUCUGCCCGCUAUCAACGGCGUGAGGGCCAUCAUGGAGGCUGCGCAAUCUAAUCCCCAGAUCCGACGCGUUGUGAUCACAUCCUCAUUUGCUGCAGUCUUGGAUGCAAGCCGCCACGGCCCGCCUUAUUUUACCUACACUGGCGACGAUUGGAGCCCUCUCACCUAUCAAGAUGCUGCCAAUCCGACUACGAAUGCCGUGAUCGCUUACAGAGGGUCCAAGAAGUUUGCCGAACUCGAGGCGUGGGACUAUUUACGGGAACACAAGGCGCAAUUUGAUCUUGUUUCGCUGUGUCCUCCGAUGACCUUUGGGCCCGUGGUACAUCCCGUCAAGAAUGUAAACAAGCUCAAUGAGUCCAACGCUAUGCUAUGGAGAAUUGCAAUUGGUGCAAGCCCUCUUCCUGUCUCCCGUGUUCCUUUUUGGGUUGACGUCCGUGACCUCGCUAUAGCGCACGUGAACGCGUUGAUGGGGAAAGAGCACGGUGGAAAAAGAUAUAUACCUUCAUCACCCGAGAGGUUCUCAUACGGCGUUGCUGCAAGGAUAAUCGCAGGGAAAUUCCCUCAACUCAGAGACCAGGUGACUCAAGAGGAGCAAGCAAUCGAUGAGACUUAUGGUCUAGAUGGAGAAACCGCUGGUUGUGAGCUGGACGUUUUAUACCACGCAUUCAGCGAUACGGUGAGCGAUUUAAUCGCACAAGCGAUUGUAAUGAAAGAUGUAAAGGACUAA